GGUCCGAACGACUUCCGUUCGAAGAUUGUUCGUCGCGGCAUGCUGUACGGCAAAGAGCCGCAAUCGAGAGGACUUCUCUUUCUGUGCUACCAAUCGCAAAUCAACAUCGGCUUUCUAGUACAGCAGAAUCGUUGGGCAAACAGUGAAGUGUUUGGAGAAAAGCCACCCCCAAAAGUGGGUCUGGAUAUGGUUGUUGGACAGUAUCUGGAGGAGAGCCCGCCAACAGUGAAACAGAUAAUGUACGGUGAUAGAGAAAAACCUCCAGUCAGGCUGCUCAUCAAAAACUGCGUGACAAUGAGAGGAGGAGAGUACUUCUUUGCACCGGCAGUUUCAACGCUCCAAAAAAUGAAAUGACUGUGUGACAGAAACUGACUGACUGAAUGUUGGCGCCACGCCGCACUAGUAUGUAGAUCAGAGUCGCGCAUGCGUGCAAACAAGCCAUCAACUAAUAGAAAUUUACGUUGCCACCUACACUAAACAUUACUCAUUUUGCUACAAAAACGGAAAGCCAAAAGUCUU